AUGCCAUCCUUUCCUUCCUUCUUUCAUUAUGUCCUUCUUCUUUCCUUUUCUACCAUUCUUCAUAUUUUCAUUAUUUCCUUCUUCUUCCUUUUCGUCUUUUUUUUCAUUUUUUUCUUUCUUUCUUCCUUUUCUUCUUUCUUUCAUUAUUUCUUUCGUCCUUCCUUUCCAUCCUUCUUUCAUUAUGUCAUUCUUUCUUCCCUUUUUCCUUCUUCAUCUCAUUCAUUAUGCCAUUCUUCCUUAAUUUUCUUCCUUCUUUAUUUCAUUCAUCAUUUCCUUCUUCCUUCUUUCUUUCAUUAUUUUCUUCUUUCUUCCUUUUCUUCCCUCUUUCAUUAUUUCUUCCUUCCUUUAUUUUUUUCAUUAUUUUCUUCUUCUAUCCUUUUCUUUUUUCUUGCAUUAUUUUCUUCGUCUUUUCUUUUCUUCUUUCUUUCAUUAUUUCUUUCUUCCUUUAUUUCUUUCGUUGAUUCCAUCUUCCUACCUUUUCUUUCUUUCAUUAUUUCUUCUUCCUUUUUUCUUUCUUUCUUUCAUUAUUUCCUUCUCUCUUCCUUUUCUUCUUUAUUUAUUUUUUCAUUCUUUUCUUCUUCUUUCUUUUCUUCUUUAUUUCAUUAUUUUCAUCUUCCUACCUUUUCUUCUUCAUUGUUUCCUUCUUGUUACCAUUUCUUCUUCCUUUCUUUUCGUUUUUCUUUCUUUAUGUCCUUCAUUCUUUCUUUUCUUCAUUUCUUUCAUUAUUUCCUUCUUUCUUCCUUUUCUUCUUUGCAAAUAGAUUUCUUUUAUUAUUUUCUUCUUCCUUCCUUUUCUUCUUUCUUUUCUUAUGUCAAUCAUACUUCCUUUUCUUCCUUCUUCAUUUCUUUCAUUAUGUCAUUCAUUCUUUCCUUUUCUUCCUCCUUUUUUCUUUCAUUAUUUUUCUUCCUUUCCUUCCUUCUUUUAUAUAAAAAUAUUUUUUAA